AGUAUUUUACAUCAAAGUUAUAUGUUAUAAUUUAAAAAACUAUAUGAUGUUUUGCCGAUGUACAAAAGACAAGGACGUAUGACACAACAACAAAAUAUAAUGCCAAAAGUCCAAAACUAACUCCGUUCAACCGCCAUGUAUUUUCUUGUGUUGUUCAAUCUUGUGCAACAAUCUCUUUUUUAUUUUAUUAUAUUCCUACUCAGGUGGUCUCAUCACUGCAUUUACUUCUUCUGUCAUUUCUCUGAUAGAUUGCCGGUUGAUUUCUUCACCCUUCUCCACAAUCUAUUCAUUCAGGAUCCACAUUUCACUCAGUGCUGGGUUUCUUUUGACUUAUUCCUCCCUCUCUCUCUUACACAACUGUAACUGAUCCUGCUUCACGGGGUUUCUGUCAAUUUAUUUAUGCUACUGUUUCUCACCCAACUGUAUAAGGAGUUCCGGUAAUUUUUUUAAUUUUCUUCGCUUCACCACUUGUAUAAGUGGUUCCUGUCAUAUCUGUUACUCCCCUCACUCUUCACCAUUAAGUCCAAUCAGAGCUCAUCUGUAGUUCAUGACACUGGUUUAUAACUGCUUGGCUCCUGCUUCUUUGAUUGAGCUCUCCCUCUCGGUCAUGUUUAGUUGACGUUUCUCUUUCAUUACACCAAGACCCAUGUCUUAUGACCCUUAUCUCUACCUUAUGAUUCUCCCCAUCUCAAAAUCCAAAAUACUGUCCUGAAAAAAAGAAAAAGACCAUGGAGGACUCUUCUCCAUAUGUCUGCCUGCUCAGCCCCAAAACAAGAGGCUCAGACAUUCCCUCCCCUCUCUUUCCCCUCCCUGAACACUCUGAAAUCACCCCACCCUUAACCUCCCCUUCUUCCUCUCUCAAACAUAAACUCAUCUUCGGCACCCGUCCCUCUCCAUCGUCGGGUACCCCAUGCCUCCCUCACAACCACCGUCUCCACCGCUCACAAACCGCGCCUGCGAUAGUCCUCAUCCACGACCCAACAUCCCAUCCUCUCUCUAAACCCCAAACCUCCUCCCAAUCGGUGGUGCGCCAAGCCUUCGUCCUCCUCAUCCUCUAUCUUUCUCUAGGCACCAUCAUCUAUGCCCUCAAUCGAAACAACUUCUCAGGACACGAAACCCACCCUGCUAUUGAUGCCCUCUACUUUUGCAUCGUGACCAUGUGCACCAUUGGAUAUGGAGACAUCACCCCAUCAUCCACUGCUUCGAAAAUCUUCUCUAUCCUAUUCGUUCUCAUAGGUUUCGGUUUCAUCGAUAUCUUUCUCUCCACAAUGGUGAGCCAUGUGCUAGACCUCCAAGAGAGCAUGCUGUUGGCCACUGCUCAAGCUCCAAACUACUUGGUUGAUGUGAAAAAGGGGAGGAUGAGGAUUAGGACGAAGGUAGGUUUGGCCUUAGGGGUGGUUGUUUUGUGUGUAGGGAUUGGAAUUGGGGUGUUAAGGUUGGUGGAGGGGCUAGGAUGGAUCGACGCUUUGUAUCUGUCGAUUAUGUCAGUUACAACUGUUGGAUAUGGAGACGGGACCUUCAAGUCCCUGUCUGGUAGGGCGUUUGCCUCGAUUUGGUUGCUUGUGUCCACACUUGCUGUGGCUCGUGCCUUCUUGUACUUGGCGGAGGCAAGGGUCGAUAGGCGCCACAGUCACAUGGCUAGAAGGAUCUUGGCCCGCGACAUGACUGCGGAGGACUUGAUUGUUGCCGACAUCGACCACAAUGGCUUUGUCAGUAAAUCUGAGUAUGUGAUAUAUAAACUGAAGGAGAUGGGGAAAGUGGACGAGAAGGACAUUGUGCAGAUUUGCAACCAGUUUGACAGAAUGGAUGUUGGGCAAUUUGGGAAGAUCACUUUGUCCGAUCUCAUGGAGGCUCAGCACUGACUCUGCUAUCAAGUCUCUUUAAAUAGCAACUAUAUUUAUAUGGGUCAAUGCAGAGGGAAAUCUAUUUUUAUCAACUGGUUGCUUUAUCAUAUCUAUUCAAGAUUCCAUUCAUUGCAUGCCCCCACCGUAUAAUGAAGGCGGGUGUAUUUUGAAUGCAAGUGCCCCCAAAGAAUCAAAGACAGUAGAGAAAGAAGAGCUCUCUCUCUCUCUCGCUCUCAUUUGUUCUAAAUUUAUCAUGCUGCAAAGGAAAACAAGCACUCAACUGCUGUUUAUGUAAAUAUGAAUAAUAUGGGGUAAGGUGACACUGUUGCUGUAAAAGUUUUGUACAAGAAACUAGAAUGCAGUUUUCAACUGAUCUAUAUCUUGCUGUUUAUAACUCCACAGCAUUAGUUGAAUAUUUUGUGGAUGCUCUUGUACCGGUAUUUGUCAGAAGAGAAGAUUAGAUUUUUCAAGAAGAAAAUAAUGGAUCUCAAUCAAAGUUCAAUGGAAUGCAGUUGUCCGAUUUGACAGUUAA